AAACUGCAAUCUGAUUGGCCGCGAGCAGGUCUUAUUUUUCAUGUUCGGUAGACGCGAGUCGCAAUCGGUUCUUCCUCCAAACCAACCAGAAGACGGGUCUCUCGCUGUUGGCUUUGCGGAGUGGUGGAUUCUGAGCCGCGGAAAAAAAAAGGUGCGCCUGAGAGAACUACAUCAGCAGCUUGCUUUACACUUCCCGAUCCGGUGUUUUUGAGUAGUCGCUUUCACGCCACCGGUUUUUUCCCCCCUUUAUUGGACUGGCCGUAGACUUCACAUCACGGACAACAGCAUGGAUAAAACUGAGCUGAUUCAAAAGGCCAAGCUGGCGGAGCAGGCCGAGCGCUACGACGACAUGGCGGCGUCCAUGAAGGCGGUGACUGAGCAGGGAGCCGAGCUCACCAACGAGGAGAGGAACCUGCUCUCAGUCGCCUACAAAAACGUGGUGGGGGCUCGGAGAUCGGCGUGGAGGGUCAUCUCGAGCAUCGAGCAGAAGACGGACGGCAGCGACAAGAAGCUGCAGAUGGUGAAGGAGUACAGAGAGAAGGUGGAGGGCGAGCUGCGUGAAAUCUGCGAUGAUGUGCUGCGGCUCCUGCAAAAAUACUUGAUUGCGAACGCCUCUAGUCCUGAGAGCAAAGUCUUCUAUUUAAAGAUGAAAGGUGACUACCAUAGAUAUCUUGCAGAGGUUGCUUCCGGGGAAAAUAAAAAGGAGACAAUAGGCCACUCACAGGAUGCCUAUCAGGAGGCAUUUAGCAUUAGUCAGAAGGAGAUGCAGCCCACACACCCUAUCCGUCUGGGUCUGGCCCUCAACUUCUCGGUCUUCUACUAUGAGAUCAUCAACUCAUCUGAACAGGCUUGUAAUCUGGCCAAGCAGGCCUUUGAUGAAGCUAUUGCUGAGCUUGACACACUUAAUGAAGACUCGUACAAAGACAGCACACUCAUCAUGCAGUUACUUAGAGACAACCUUACAUUAUGGACUUCUGACAAUGCAGCAGAUGAGGGUGAAGGAGGAGACGGAGAGAACUAAGACUCCAGCGUGUCUCCACAUAUAUAAAAUAAAUGAAAAAAAAAAUGGGGGAAAAAACAGGAAAAAAAAAAAAGAAACUUUUUACACAUCAUUCCUUAUUGUUUCACAUAUAAUUAUCUAGUUAUGUAAACCCAUGAUCAACGAGCUGUGUUUAUGAAAAUUUCUAUUGUCCUGUUAUUUUAAAUCACCUGGCUUGAGAUUGAUAUUAAGUUAAAAUAACUCAUUCAUUCCUUCAUUCUGUGGUUUUGUCUGUUUUUGCCUUUAAUGUGCAGUGUCCGCUAUAGAAAAGUAUUACCCUCACAUGACGUCAGCGUUCCAUUGAAUAUAAGACAACUAGUGUAUGUCCUUUUGCAGUUCUGCUGAAUUAGACAGAUCUAACAAGCACUGACAGGCAAGACAGACAGGCUUUCUUCAACAACAAGCUGUGUUUUUGGCCACUUGUGCAAUACAUGUUUGCGGAAGAUUAAAACUCUUGUGAAGAAUGUUAGCGAUGGCACAAACUCUCCUUCACUUCAGUGCUGUCAAUAUGAAGGGUUGCUGUUAAGUAGCUAGUCAGCUAGCACUACUCGGCCUGGCGAUUCUGCUUACUGGCUUUUCCAAGCAAGGUUUAUUUCAAGUAACAUGAUGAAACACUCUUUCUAAUCAAGACCUUCGCUUUUUUUUUUGUUACGUUAAAGCAUGCCUCGGUCAGAAAAGUGCCACUUUAUUAUUAUUUACAAUGAAUAAAAAAAGAAAAUUGGUCAUGCAUGCUGAUUUUUUUCAGUAUUUUACUGGUUUGGAAAUGAAUACGCGUUACCCACUGCUACCAGGGUCGGUUCUAUACUUUAAUUGCAAAUUUGUGCACAUAUUAAGGCUCUUUUGGUUUGUCCAGUGAUGUCGAUAAAUAUACAGACCACUGUUGUGUUUUUGCAAAACGUUGAUUGUAGUCUCCCAAGAGCCUUGUGGAAAAGCGUUCCAAUGCCCUCUGUAACGGCUAUGUAACCUAAAUUAAAAGUGACCAUUUUAUAAACCAUA